AUGGAUGUGAAUGAAUUGCACGAACUUAUCAACAUGAGUCUGCCGCCCAUCGAAAAUGCGUCAUCUGAUUUCCCGUCAGAUGGUACGCCUGCUCUUCACUUUGACUUUGAAGACAUAAAGGAAACUGAACGGCUCUUAGCUACCUUUACGGAUUACAACAUCGACCACGUUGACGGGCAAUUGGUUGAUGCGGCAACGAAUACGUUUUCAGCAGACGGCCAGCCUCUCGAAAUGGUAUCCGGUUCUACUACACCUAGAAGCCAGGCUGUGGACUGCAAAAUGGAGUUUGACGUUCAGAAGGAAAGACGAAGGAAGAACAACGAGGCUUCACGUCGUUCAAGGGCUAAAAGGAAAGGCAAAUUCAAAGCAUGUGAAGAGGAUGUCAAUCGGCUAGAAAUAUCCAAUUUAAAAUUGAAAUUAUAUCUGGAAUAUCUGGAUGUGGCCGUACAGGAGGCGAAGGAUAUCCUUCUGUUGCGAACCUGA